GAUAUGUUUUCACUCCACUUGCACUGCUGUUGGACUCUUUUGGCGUUGUUGCUUCUCAUCUUGUCUGUUUUUUAUUUUAGCGCAUUCAUCUGUUCAUCCGCCCGAAACCCGCCUCGCUUGUCACGGUCACGUCGCGAAACAUCUGCUCUUCAGCGCCUCCGGCUCCCUCGCAGAGCUAACUCUGAUUGGCCGCUCGGAAAUUUAUAUCAGCCUUCUCUUCUUUCGAUUGGCUUGAAUGUAGGGUGGAUUGGUAGGUAAUAUGAGGUCAUCUCUGCUCUCUCCCCAUUCAGAGGCUGUUCCUGUCCUACAAACUGCACUGAGCGUUUGUGUGUGUGUGUGUGUGUGUGUGUGUGCGCACACUGCAGAACCACUGCAUUGCAGGCCGUUUGGGCGGGGCUUGCUGCGAGCACAUGUGCACAGCUGAUAAAUGAAUAGAGGUACCACAGUGCUUCUCUUUCUCCGUUUAUCUGAAUGCGUAAGUGCAGGAAGAUCUGGUCUUCACGGCAGUACGUUAACUCAUUAGCGAUUAUCCAUCCUAGUCUCCACAUUGUUGAAUCUCUGGUUAGAGCCAUGUCGUCCUUCCUGAAAGGCUGCAGCGCCUGCCGCUAGGUGUAAAUCUAUAAUAGGAAAUCUGCCAGGUUCCUCUCGCGUUCCUUUUUCCUCGAGCUUGUAAUUUGAUCAGCAGAAGAUAUAGACAUAUUCGGAGGAAGCGCUCUGGUAUCCAAAGCCAUAAAGGGCGUGUGGGAUUAACGGGAUUAACAGAGCGUAUCCUAUUUCUGAAAUCAUCUGGACAAGAACACUUUAACCAGUCGCGAUAUAAGUUAUGUUUUCAAGCCGUAUAGGAUUUUGUUUUUGUGAUUGUCGCGGCCGAAAAAUGCUCGAUUUUGUUGAAUCCACUUUUGGAGGGGUUUCUUUUUUUAAAAUUUGUUUAUUUAUUUAUUUAUUUUUUUUUGCAGAAAACUACUUGAAUCGGCGAAAUCUCAAUCGCACGAAGCUGCUCGUUGGUAAACGAGAGCUUUUCAGCUGCACUCGUGUAGCUCGCCGUGGCGCGUCUCGGCCCAAUUCUGCAGUAAUAUCGAAAUCGCAAGCUCCUUCGAAUAUCGCGGCGUUUGCUCAGUGAUCGUGAAAUCCUGGCGGGACCGUGAGCAGAGGUGACCUCGGCGAUACCUAAACGAUAUUUCAGAUAUUCCCGACGUGAACAGGUGCUGACUACGCGGAGGCGCGUUUUGAGCUGGUGACCACAUCCACGAAAUCAUCACGCACUAACGUUUGUUCAUAUCUCCCCCUUUGGCUCCGAGACCUACCCUCUCACGGCUCGGCUUGCUUUUUCGGUCCUAACCCCGUCCCCUUCCCCUCGCCUGUGUCCUCAGUUUAGAGAAGCCUUCGUGCGUUGCUUUUCCUGUUGCCUGCUCUCUCAUCUCUAACCUCCAUCCACGGUUCCCUUUUCCUCCCUGUAUACGCUCGGUAUACGCUCCGUACUAACACCGCCGCCUCCUUUUUGUUAAAGAGGUUUUAACAAAAAGCUGCAUGCUGGUUUAUGGGUUUGGUAAUCACCUUUAUUCAUUAAUUAAUUUAUUUUUUAGAUUCCACGUUACUCAUGAUUACUUUUUGUUUGUAGCUUGUUACACUUUUUUUUUUUUUUCUCCAUUCAGUGUGCUUGGAAUGAUUAGCACAGUUUUUUGGCUUGAUCCUAGUUUAAAUUAAUGGAACAGUGUUGCAUUUUAAAUCCCAAUAUCAAGUGUUAGAACGGUAUCUUAUCCCGACACUCUCUCUCUCUUUCUCUCUCUCUCUUUCUCUCUCCUUUUUUUUUUUUAUUUUUUUAUUUUUUAAAUUAUUUUUUAAUUUUUGUCUUCUCCCACGUACACACACGUGCACAUACAUUGGGCCUCCUAAUGGUAACCCGAGGCCUCUGUCUCCUUCUCUCUUGUCUCUCUCUCUUUUUUUUUUUUUUUUUCCCCCUCUUUCCAUUUCUUUCUUUUUCUUGCUUUCUGUCUCUCUCUCACUCUCUUGUUGGCUGCAUACUGUAUGUUUCGUGGUGGUUCUGUUGUCAUGGUGAACUCACAGAAAGCUUGUGGAAGUUUUUAUGUUGAUGUAUUGCUUCUGUUUUUUGUUUUUUUUUUUCUUCUUCUUCUCCUCAUUUGUUUGCUCCUAGUCGUUUGUGUAUUAAUCUCUCUCUCCGAUGCGGCUUAUAUAUGUAUGUACAUGCCAUGAUGUAUCUGCACAUAUAUAACCGUGCGUCUCCCUUUUCCCUUACUCUGAGACUGAAGGUGAAUCAGUCGACUCAGAGGGUUUUUAUUUUCCCUACAGUUUGUGUGCUGGCUGUUUUUUUUUUUUGUUGUUGUUUUGUUUGUUUGUUUUUUUAAAGUCCACUGUUUGGUGAAUGAAGAAUGCAUCAUUUACUGUGUAGAGUAGGCUGUAGGCUUUAGCGAGCACUUUCUUUUUUUUUUUUUUUUUAGUUUUGCAGAGAGCCUUCUUGUAACGGUACUUGAACUUGUCCUUUUACUCGUUCUCUCGUUCCUUGUUCCACGUCUCCUUCAACUUCUUUCGUUUCUCUGACAAGGAGUUCUGACUUUAAAGAGUUAGAUUAUGAUCAAGAUGAUGAUGAUGAUGAUGAUGAGGAGGAGAGUAAAGAUUUUCCUAAAGUAAAAUUGCUGCCAUGUGUGCUUGUGUCAAGUGUGUGUGUGAGAGAAAGAAUGUGAGGGUGUGAAAAGCGCUUCUUAUUAUUGGAAUAUUUUGGUUUUUCUUCCCUUUUUUUUCCUCCCACUAGGAUAACAUUGGCCAUCGGCUACUCCAGAAACAUGGCUGGAAGCUGGGACAAGGCCUUGGGAAAACGAUGCAGGCGUUAUGAUCCUGGCCAUGUUGUGCUGAUGGUAAACUUAGUGGACGCACGGACCCUGUACCCAUCAUCGUCAAAUAUGAUGUCAUGGGGAUGGGACGCAUGGAAAUGGAGCUGGACUAUGCCGAAGAUGCAACAGAGAAGCGGCGAGUAUUGGAGGUGGAGAAAGAGGACACAGAGGAGUUGCGGCAAAAAUACAAGGAUUACGCAGAGAAAGAGAAAGCCAUUGCCAAGGCGUUGGAAGACCUGAGAGCUAACUUUUACUGCGAGUUAUGUGACAAGCAGUAUCAGAAACACCAGGAGUUUGACAAUCACAUCAACUCUUACGACCAUGCGCACAAACAGAGGCUGAAAGAGCUGAAGCAAAGGGAAUUUGCCCGGAACGUGUCUUCACGUUCCCGCAAGGGUGGAAGAAAGCAGGAGAAGAUGCUGCGGCGUAUAUACGAGCUGGCAGAGCAGAGGAAGCAGCAGGACUGUGUUGCUGGUAGCGGACCAAUGUUCAAGCAAACCACCGUGGCAGUCGAUGGAGAAGAAGGUGGCUUCUCAAGCAUUGAUGGUGUUCCUAUGACCUCAGAUGUUGUGACGGAGGAUUCUUCAGGAGAGGAUAAGGGAAAUUCUGGUAGUUUUGGUCAAAGCUCCCCAAAACCGGGACCGACUAUCAGUUUCUCCCUUCGCAAGAACACUUCCUCACCCACACCAAGUGGAGGAUCCCACGCCCCCAAAGUGAGCGUGUCCUUCUCCUUUGCUAAGAAAGCACCUGUUAAACUAGAGACUGCUGCUGCUGUGUUUGCAGACCAUGGAGAGGAAGCGAUGGAAGGAGAAGAGGGCCAGGAAGAAGUAGUUGAGAAGAUGGUAGGGGAGGAAGAAGGUACAGCAUCCAGCACUGACAGCACACAGAGCACAUCAGGUGGCAUGAGUGGAGGGGAUGAACAGCCACAGUCUGAUGAUGGGGGAACCCUGGCUUCCACCCUUAACAAGCUGAAGAUGAUGAUGAAGAAGGAGGAAGGUUACUCUGGGCAGGAACCGCAAUAUUAUCACUAUAUGCCUCCUGCACACUGUCGGGUAAAACCUCAUUUCCAGUUUCUGCUCUUCAUGAAGGCCUCUGACCAGUGUGCUAGCCGGGAGGAAGAAGAGGAUGGGGAGGAAGAGCAGAAAGCAGUACAAGCGGAAGGAGAUCCGGGACAGAAAGAGUCUAAAGACGAUGAUUGCAAAUCAGAUAAGGACACUGUGAAAGAUCCUGUAAAGGAGCCAAGUACAGAUUCGACUUCAUCGCCCAAAGCAGAAACCGAAGUAGUAUCAGAUAGCACCCCAGCAAUAGAGAGCAAUGCAGAUUCCUCAAGCACUGUUUCCCAAUCAACUGAAGCUCAGCAAGGGUCAUCUGAACCUCAAGACUCUGGCCCUCGCAUACCAACAGGACCCUUUUUUCCUGUUUUGAGUAAGGAUGAGAGCACUAACUUACAGUGGCCCUCUGAACUCCUGGAGUUCACUAAGGCCCAGCCUUCGCUAUCCUACAGUUGCAACCCUCUUUAUUUUGAUUUUAAGCUGUCCCGGAAUAAAGGUAACAGAGGGGGUAAGGCAAACAAAGCUGGUAAACCAGGUAAUGCUGAUGGUGGAGAGGGAUCAAAGCCAGAAGAUACGACUGGCAAUGCAGCCACAAGUAAAGAAACUAGCACAGUACCACCACCACCAGUUGUCAACACUGACAAAAAAGAUGACUGUUCCUUAAAGGAAAAGACUGCAGAGGAUGAGAACAAAGACAAGAAGCUAGAAAACUCUGAAGAUGGAGUUGGAGGAUCCAAGAAAAAGAAGAAGAAGAAGAAGAAACACAAGAAGUCAAGCAAGAGAACCAAACGAAAAGACAAAGAGAAAGUGGAGGGGGAGAUGGAGACGGAGACACCAGGGGAGAAGACCAAAAAGAAAAAGAAACACAAACGAAAGAAAAACAAAAAUAAAGUACGUGCUGAGGAAGACGAGAAAGCAGGAGAAAGUAAAGAACAGAAAGACACAGAUGACAAAGGCGGAACCAAUUCCUCUGCACAGCCUACAGGAGGGACUUUGACGUCAGAUGGAGGAAAGAGAAAACGGCUCCAUAAAGAAAUUUCGCAAAGGACAGUCCCUCAAGAGGCCAGCACAGGAAAGCCCAACUCUUCAGAAGAGCACAGUGGUGCAAAACGUUCCAAACCUGACCCGAGCACAUCAGUGGCGUCUUGCUCUGCUUCUGCCCAGAAAAGCCCUGUGGGUGGUCGACCGCCAACGAGUGAAAGUGACGAAGACGGCGGCUCAGCAUCUCAGCGCUCACGCCGUCCUCACCGUCACACUACCCCUCCACGUGAACGGCGUCACCACAGCGAGGACUCUGGACAGUCAGGUCGCUCACGUAGUCGUUCCUCACGCAGAGGAGAUCGUAAUCAUCGGCGUACUAGAGGUCAAACAUCUCGUAGUCGGUCAUAUUCAAGUAGCUCUGAGCGUUCCUCGGCCGGAAGCAGUGCUUACAGUCGCCGCAGCCACAGCUACUCGGACAGCUAUAGUGACUACAGCGAUGGAGAGCAUCACCGCAGGAGAAAAAGACGGUCUUCAGACUCUGAAUAUGAGAGGAGAGGUGGUGGGCGGUCACACAGACGGCAUUACUCCUCCUCGUCUUCAGAAGAAGAGUCUCGUUCGCGUUCACGCUCUCGCAGUAGCAGAAAGCACCAUAGACGGCGGCGUCAUCGCAGCAGCAGCCGCAGUUACAGUCGUAGCAGCAGGAGCAGCAGUGCGCGCUCAUACCGACACAGCAGCUACAGCCGCAGUCGCAGCUCUGCCAGUCGCUCGUCCAGCUCCACCAAAGGUUCAACUCACCGGCACGGUCACAACCGACGGGCUGACAGUUCUUCAAAUCGACGCGAUUUUAAUCGCUCUCGUAUCUACCGAUCACAGUCUCCGAGGUCUUCCUCGUCCCGUGCGCAGCCACGAAGCAGCAACUCGACACAAGCAACUAAAGGAAGUGGAGGAGGAGGAGGCACUUCAGAGCAUCGGAACUCACUCACAGCACGACAGCUUCUCGAAAAAGUCCAGUCUCGGAAGGGCGGUGAAGAUUCUGGAACUGGAAGCAAACCAGGCACCAAAAUUAAGGACCCUCCACAGGGCUACUUCGGGCCCAGACUUCCCCCUGUACUUGGAAACAAGAAUAUGUUGCCCCUGUUUGGUAAGCUGCAAGCAGGGAAGAAACCUCCAUUACUUUCUGUACUGCGAACGGAUGAUGGAGAAAAGUCAGGGUUUGGAAAGGGUUCUGAUCCAAGUAAUGAGGUGAUUCUUGUAGAGCCCAUCCGUGAGUUUCCUCCUCCACCCCCACCACCACCUCCACCAGUCCAACAACAGCAGCAGCAACAGGUGGAGGAGCCUAUCUCAAAUACUGUGGUCUCAGAUGAGUCCAGAAUCCAACCCUCAGAACCCCACGUUCUCCAUGAAUCACGGUCAAUGUUUGAGCAGGAUUCAGCUAAGGUUAUGCCUGCAUACCAAAGUGAGACUGGACAAGACCCCAACAACCCAAUGAUGGAUGGAUGUAUUCUGGGAUCUGACAUGGGCCAGCAAACAGCCAUGCAUGCCUAUGCAGGCUACCCAAUGCCCAAUAUGGAGGAGGAGGAAAUGGGCAUGGAGGCUGAAGAGGAUGGCUUGGCACCACUGGAGAGCCAGCCAAUCACAUUUACCCCAGAGGAGAUGGAGAAAUACAGUAAGCUACAACAAGCAGCACAGCAGCACAUCCAGCAGCAGCUUCUAGCAAAACAAGUGAAGGCUUUCCCGUCAGCUGCGGCCGCUGCAGCAGCAGCCAACUUAGCAGCUGCUGCCAGCCUUGCCCCUGCGCCACCUCCACCACCUGCUGCUCUACAACCAAUCCACAUACAGCAGCCUGCUGUGUCUGCUUCGGCCACAUCCAUUACAACGGUGCAACAUGCUAUACUGCAGCAUCAUGCAGCUGCCACGGCAAUGGGCAUCCACCAUCACACUCCACACCACGCCCAUCCUGCUCAUGCUCAGCUCGCCCAAGUACACCAUAUACCCCAACACCAUUUUACCCCUAUUUCUUUGUCACCUUUGGGCCAUACAUUAGGCCACACUUUAGGCCACUCAUUAGGGCACACCGGCCUGAUCCCAGCCCACCAUUCUGCAUUUCUCCACGGGCAGCCAAUCCACAUAAUCCCAGCAUCUGCGCUCCACCAUGCCCCAUUAGCUUUGCAUCACGUCCACCAUGCAGCCCUUUACCCUACUCUCUUUGCACCGCGUCCAGCCUCCGCAGCUGCAGCAGCAGCUCUGCAGCUCCACCCUCUUCUUCACCCUAUUUUCUCAGGGCAAGACCUUCAGCACCCUCCUAACCAUGGCUCCUGAGACAAAGCCUGUUCUUUCUCUACAAAGAGUACAAAAAGUCCUUCUGUAAGGAGUGUGAGAGGGUAGCCUUGCUUCUGGGUAUCAGCCCUCUUUCCAUCAAUGGUUGCCUCUCAAAUGUAACAUCAGUUGGACAGGUCAAAGGACAAUAGAAAAAUAAAUUGGAGGAAAUCCUGGCUUCUUUAUAAUGAAAAAUGUGAAAAACAAACAGUUAUGACGAAGAAAAGCUGGGUAACAUGCUCCCAAAAACCAGAUAGUUUCCCCAACAAUUACAUAUUUGAGGAUUUGUUACAAGAUUUGUUCUAGUCUCUUUUUAAUCAGCUGUUAAGCCCAUCACUGGAGAAUUCAGUUGUGUUUUGGUAAUAGUCUGUUAAACUACAAAUUGUUUUGAUGUUCUAUAAUUAACCCUGCAGCCAGACAGACUUACCGUGGACAGUAAUGGUGCAGGCAUAUAUCAAAAAUAAUCAAGAAUUAUUGUAAAAAUAUUUUCUCCUCCAAGUGAAGAACCAAAACAAGAACAAGGAUUACAUGAGAGGGAUUGAAGCCAUAUUUCGUACCUAAUGCAACGUUAAACGGUUUGUGAUGAAAACGAAGAAAAACCGAACACAACCGAGGCGCUUAACAGAACCUUGAUGUCGGAUGAUGUCGGCGUUCACUCUGUUACACUGUCAUGGGUUGCCCCUAUGCUCUGAUGGACCGAAGUUGCACUGAAACAUGGACGUCGAGAUGCUGCUUUUGCAUCAUAUAAGAACUGUUUUGAUUGUAGUAUUCUGCAAUAAUUUUAUUUUUUAUUUGAUUUUAAAUUAUUUUCCAGGUUGUUGUUUUGUUUUUGUUUUUUUGAGCUUUUGUGUAAUUAAUUCUUUGUAAAUAGUCAUCAAAGUAUUGUAAAAUAAAGACGCCUUUGUAACUGUUUAAAAUUAGUACAAAAAAAAGAAUGGGGGGGGGGACCCUAAAUACAGGGCAGGAAACCGAUAAUAUGAUCAGGGCUGGUACAAUAGAGCGUGAACCUGCUGUAACUGGAGUGGUCAUUGGGUGAGUCUGCGAUGUAGAGGGACUGGUUGGGGGGGGGGUGUUGCUACAUAAUAAAUUGAGUAAAUGGAAGCAACAAUAUUUACUUUUUUAUUCUUUGUUGAUGUGUCAGAAAAUAAAGCAUUUUGAGACCUAAAUGGCUACAGUCU